CUCUCUCUAUGUGCGUGUGCGUGUGUCGGGGAGGCGUGCAGUGUGUUGUGUCACAGAUCCAGUGACUGAACGCUGCUCGUGUUGUAUUUUCUGCCCAACUCCCAGCAGGGUGUAGAGCGCGCGCGCACGGAGCCAGCAUGGGUUAGAGAGCAGCUCACCAAUGGAUUAUCCACUUUACGCACUUCAGCGAGGAUGAUGGGGGAACUCAAUCAUCAUGGACUUCUUUACGCAAAGACAUCCUGACAAAGAACGGAGACUGAGAGAGUGACUCCAGACCGGGAUCCGCUUCCUUUUUCUGUCUCGCUGCUCACAUUUGUCCUUUUAUCGUUCCUUUUCCUUAUUCCCGUAAUAUUAGUGUCGUUUCCGGGGGUUGUGCGAGCCAGAGAUGUUUGCUGAAUUGCUGUGCGGCACCGUGGCUAUGGUCCUGUAUGUCAACACUCUGGGCGCCGAUUUCUGCUACGAUGACAGUCGUGCAAUCAAGACCAAUCAGGACCUGCUUCCAGAGACCCCCUGGACAAACAUAUUUUACGACGACUUCUGGGGCACCUUGCUCACACACAGCGGUAGCCAUAAGUCUUACCGACCCCUCUGCACCCUCUCCUUCCGCCUUAAUCAUGCUGUGGGUGGGCUGGAGCCUUGGGGUUACCACCUGGUUAACGUGACCCUCCACGGCGCUGUGACCAUCCUGUUUACCUCUCUGUCUCGCCUGUUGCUUGGGGCAGGACUUUGGAGCCUCCUAGCAGGCCUGAUAUUUGCUUCUCACCCUAUCCACACCGAAGCAGUGGCAGGCAUUGUCGGACGGGCCGAUGAAGGCGCCGCACUGUUCUUCUUGCUGUCCUUGCUCUGUUACAUUCAUCACUGCAGGCUGCGCGGGCAUGCCGGGCCCCUGCGGCUUGCUGCGUGGUUCCUGAGUAGUUUGGGCUGCGCUGCGUGUAGCAUGCUGUGGAAGGAGCUGGGAGUGACUGUUCUGGCCGUGUCUGCGCUGUAUGACAUCUGUGUUUUCCACAGGUUGAAACUGCGACAGGUCGUUAGGCUCAUCUAUAAGAGAGAGCACCUCCACCUGCUGCUGAAUGUGUUUUUGCUGGCGGCGUGGGGGGUGGUUUUACUGGCAUGCCGAUUCUACUGGAUGGGCAACAAACCCCCAAACUUCUCCAACUCUGACAACCCAGCAGCCGACUCACCUUCGCUCCUCAUCAGGACUCUCACCUUCUUCUACCUACCUGCCUUCAACUUCUGGCUCCUCCUCUGCCCUGACACUCUCAGCUUUGAUUGGUCCAUGGACGCUUUGCCUCUGAUCAGAAGUCUGAUCGCUGACUGGAGAAACGUCCACACGCUGCUCUUCUAUCUCGGGUUGCUGCUGGUUGCUUGGUUUGGCCUGCGGACUCGCUCCACGGCCAAAAGUAAAGACACCAAUGUAAAAGCGUCCCAUUACAUUAAUGGGAGGAAUGGGAACAGCAACGGGCACAGUUAUCAUUACAACAACCACGAACACACGAGCGACUCUCAUGCUGAUGCUAAUAAUACGCUAAAUGGUACCAAAACCCAGGACGAAUGCAGGACUUCGCUGCCUACCACAGAGAACGUUGUGGUGUUCUCUCUGGGCCUUUUGGUCAUCCCUUUUCUACCCGCCACAAACUUGUUUUUCUAUGUGGGAUUCGUGAUAGCAGAGAGAGUCCUGUACAUCCCCAGCAUGGGCUUUUGCUUGCUGGUUGCUGCGGGGAUGAGGUCUCUGUACGUCCGACUGCGACACAGGUCCUCCAGGACGGUUCUGCUGUACUGCAGCGCUGCUCUGGUUCUUCUUUUUGGGGCCAAAACGGUUUUGAGGAACCAGGACUGGAAGAACGAGGAGAUGCUCUACAAGUCUGGGAUUUAUGUCAAUCCUGCUAAAGCUUGGGGCAACCUUGGAAAUGUUUUGAAGAGCCAAGGGGAGAUGGAGGAGGCUGAGCAGGCUUACAGAAAUGCUCUGUAUUACCGCAGCAACAUGGCCGACAUGCUGUAUAAUCUCGGUUUGCUGCUACAGGAGAGCAACAAGUUCUCAGAGGCGCUCCACUACUAUAAACUGGCCAUUGGGAGUCGGCCAACUCUGGCUUCGGCUUACUUGAAUACAGGCAUCAUCCUCAUGAAUCAGGCUCGUUUGGACGAGGCCAAACGCACCUUCCUGACAUGUGCCGACAUCCCAGAUGAGAACCUAAAGGAUCCUCACGCCCACAAGAGUUCGGUCACCAGCUGCCUGUAUAACAUGGGCAAACUGCUCCAUGAGCAGGGGCAUCAAGAGGAGGCCCUCUCUGUGUUUAAAGAAGCAAUACAGAAAAUGCCAAGACAAUUUGCACCGCAGAGCCUCUACAACAUGAUGGGCGAAGCCUACAUGAGACUGAAUAAGCUGACUGAAGCUGAACACUGGUACCGAGAGUCGCUGAGAGCCAAGCCGGACCAUAUUCCUGCACACCUCACAUACGGCAAACUCCUGGCUGUGACAGGGCAGAAAACGGAAGCCGAGAGGUACUUCCUGAAGGCCAUCCAGCUCGAUCCCACAAAAGGCAACUGCUACAUGCAUUAUGGUCAGUUUUUACUGGAAGAGUCGCGGCUGCUGGAAGCAGCAGAGAUGGCAAAGAAAGCCGCACGCCUUGACAGUGGGGAGUUUGAUGUGGUCUUCAGCGCAGCCCACAUGCUCAGACAAGCCAACCUUAAUGAGGCGGCCGAGAAGUAUUACGGACAAGCAGCGAGUCUGAGACCCGACUACCCUGCAGCCUUGAUGAACCUCGGAGCGAUUCUCCACCUCAACGGGAAACUGCAGAAAGCUGAAGCCAAUUACCUCCGGGCACUUCAGCUAAAGCCAGAUGAUACCAUCACCCAGUCAAAUCUGCGUAAGCUGUGGAACAUCAUGGAGAAACAGGGACUGAGGACCUUGAGCCUUUGAGUUCUUCUUGCCUGCCCGUUCGCCAUCUGCACCCCAGACCCAGGGAAAAGACAGCCAGCGUGCUCCUCAUUCCUUUUACUCCUCCAAGAGAGAUAGAAGAGACUGCGGGAGGAUUUCUGCAGAGACUUUAGGACUGUGCUGCACAGGCUCUACUAAUCGCUGCUGAGCUCUGCAAACACCUCCGGCCAGCAUCUUUCCACAAUAUUACUUUAGUCAGGCACAGUGUGGUAUUUAGACUCUGAAGAAGUUUAUUUUUUCCUGCAGAUUUACUGCUCUCAAAGGGUUUUUUUUUCUUCUAAAACACUUGAACUUGAAGUAAGGCCACAGGUACAACCCUCCUGCAGUUUGAGAUUAAAUUGAAGAGUGAAGAGAAUAUCAAGUGCAAGCACAAAAGCUUAUUUAUUCUUAGCUGAUCUGUCUUUGACCAGACAUUGCUCAUUAGUGAUGAUUAAAGGAAAAUACCCUGAAUAAAAGGAGAUUUUAGUUCAUCCUAAAUGCAAAACAAUGAAAUUGCAUCAGUAUUUAUAUUGUUUCUUAUCCUAAGUGAGUGCAUUUGCAACAAAAUUAUGUCCAUAUAAUUAGUUAGAACUUCAAAAAGGGAGUUUAUAGUGUGUGACGCAGCUGGGAUGAGAAUCAACUCCUCUAAAUCCGAGACCGUGGUCUUGAGUUGGAAAAGGUUAGAAUUCCUAGAUGAAGACCCAGGACACCUGGCCAGGGAACGCCUUGGGAUUCCCCCGGAGGAGCUGGCCCAUUGGCUGGGGAGAGGGAAGUCUGGGCCUCCCUGCCCCUACUGAAAUUCAUCUGGGGAGCGGUGAGCUGCAGCUUUGGCUGCACUUGAGAACUAUUUGGUAGUUUAACCCCUCAAUCCAACCUCUUAAAGCUGAGUGUCAAGCAGGGAGGCUUUGGGUCUCAUAUUUAAAGUCUUUGGUCUGACCCGACCAGGUUUUGUUUACCAUUUUUGGUUCUUUUUUAAACACAGUAACAGUUUCUUUUUACCUUGCUGGCAGUUUCGUUCAUGGCUGCAAACAUCCUCAUAGCUGACGCUGAUGGUGGCGUCACUUCCUUCUCCGUUUAUUCAGCGUCAGCUCUGAGGAAGUUUGCAGCCGUGAACGAAACUGUCAGCAAGCAAGGUUAAAAGAAACCUUUUCUGUGUUUUAAAAAGAACCAAAAAUGGAAUCAGACACAGCAAGAAGGUACCAAAGAGGUUUUGUUUACCCCGAUCUCCCAGUCCCAGGGCGGACACUUUACCAUUAGGCCACCGAGAAGGUAAAGUACACACACUUUGGCAGUUAAUAUUAGCAUGGCCUAACUCUGGGUUUAGUGACAAACAUCAUGUUUUAUUAGAUAAAAACAGGAAAUAAACAGUUUCAUGACUUUAAAGCGAUAGCACUGAUACUUUUAAGUGUGUUUCGUCAAACGUGUAUGUUUUAAAUGGCCUCUUGAGCUAAAUCAGCUUUUAGAUGAGCAGAGAUUAGUUCUGCCCAGGAACAGCUGAGCUAGCUGGUCAGCAGGGUCAGUUACGAAGUGUUUCUGCAGUCAUAACAUCUCAGAUUUAUUAUAACAGUUCAUGUGAAUGGUGUUUCAUAAACUUCUGCACCCUACAGUUUUCACAUGGCUAUUUGCAACAUACAUCUGGCCAGCUGAAAAAGCACAGAAGAUAAAAUGUAAAAGUUUUAAAGUAGAAUUUGCAUAAAUGGUUUUGAGAAAGGGAUUAUUCUAAAGCAUUUGUGACUGGUCGCAUUGUGAUUCAUGGUUAGCUGAUCUGUUUUAGCAGAACAAAUCCCUGUUUCUCCUAACUGAGUCUAUUUAAAAAGCUACCUUCAACAACUGUGUCAUAACAUUUCCAUAAAACCUACCUUCAAAAUAUCUGACCUAUCAUUUUGUGAAAUCAUGUUUCUGUUCUUAAGAAGUCACCAUGGCAACGUCUGUCCAACACAAUGGUAAGUUACUGAUGCAAAUGUUAAAGUGACGGUGUGUAUUUUUCCUGGCGAUGGGGGCAGUAGAUACCUAAAUCGUUGCAAGUAAGCUGUAUUUUUGUGUUGGAGUAAGACCUUACCAACGGUUGCACAUUAGGUUCAAAAAGCCCUAGGGAGUGCAAACUUUAGCUAAAUAACGAGCACAUCAGACUUCCCUUCAUCACUGGCAAAAAGUGAAGCGGUAAACGUUUAAGACAUCAUUUGAAAAUGAUGAAAAUUUUGGAACCGUUUUGUACAAAUCAUUAAGUGCAUUGUGUUCUCACGGGCUCCCGUAGAAGAAAACAUGGCGACAGCCAGAGGACUGAGGGUGUUUCUCAAUGCCAAGGAACCUCGCCUUGAUGUCUUGGCCCUGCCCCGGUUGCCUUGGAAAUACGUCAUCAGGAACCAUCAAGAUGUGAUCCAAUGUUCAUGUUCUACCAAGGCGUCUGUUUGUUAGUCGUUUAGCUAGCUGACAAGGAUACACGGGAGGUGUCAUAGCCUAGCCUUGGUCAAAAAUUACCAAGAAUACACUGCAGUAUUUUCUAAAGGAUGGCGGAUCAGAAGCCGGCAGCUAAUUUGGGGGCAAAUUUCAAGUUUAAAAGUAAGUCAACUCAUUUAAAAUGUUUAUUUAGAUCCAAAGCAGUUAUCUAUGGUUGGUUCGUUGCUUAGUAGUUGCAGCUUCGGUGGCUAGCAGGUGGUAACUUGCUUACACAUUUAAUUUAACAAACAUAUACACAAUUUAAAAAGUAAAAGGCUUGUUAUAUAUUUACAUUGAAACUAAUACGUAUAAAAUAUAACGUUAUCUCCCGUGUCACGUGGCGUUACAUGACCGCAAGGCGCCUUGCUAUUGAGAAACACCCUUAGACACACUCCCAUGAAUUUUAGACCUGAUUCUGUCUUAUGUUGUGAAGCCGCCAAUAUUUUUCAACAAAUGGGCAUCAUUGAAUUCAUUUUCAACAAUAUUUUGAUGGAUAUUUCCAGAAAUUUAUGGUAAAAACUACACUUUGUCUCUUUAAGUCACCUUCACAAGAAAAGAAAACAUGAAUCCUGGCACUUUAGGUUUCCGCUGCACAGCUUUCCCACUUUCCUACAGACUUUAUUGAGUAUGAUUUACAGACAGAUGAGUUCUUGCUGCCAAAACACAAAAACGUUGCUGAUGCUCAACACUUUAUAGUCGUUGAAUUCAAGGGAAAAUGUCUUUAUGUUUUUUUGUUGGAAUUAAUUGAUUUCAUUUUAUUUGUAAUAAUGAAUCCUAAUAUAUAAACCUAACUUUUGUAUAGUAUGCUGAAAAUCAUGCAGCAAAAAAGCAGCCAGAAAUAGAAGCUCAGUGACUGAGCCAAGUGUUUCAGUACCAAAAUCCAGAAGAGUUGCCACUUUUUUUUAUUUGUACAUAUUCUUGUGUAGUUCUCCUCUACUUGUUUUCAUUGCCAGCAUUUAGAAGUGAAACAGCACUUUCAUCAGAGGUUGUAUAGUAAUUGUGAUUCUUUUUUUGGUCUAAUUCAUUUAUCUUUGUUUUAGAAUCGUUUUGUUGUAAAUUAUUGUUUUUUGUUAUUUAGUGAGCGAACCAGCUGGCACUGUGUUUACAUGUAAAAUGAAGAAAGUUGGUUAGACGGAAGUUUGACAUACAUUUGUGGUGAAUAUUGAGAUAAGUCACAGUUAUGUUCCCAACCGUACUGUACCUGUUUACAGAGCUUCAUCCCCAAAGGAAGUUUUCACUUGUGUCAAAAUGCUGUCAACACUGUGCUGUUUUUCACAGUGAUGAUGAUGAUGAUGAUGAUGAUGGUGAUGAUGAUGAAGAUACAGAAAGAAUAGGAUAAUCAGAGUUCACUUUGAUUCUUUACUUUCUCUCCCACACACACACACACGCACACACACACGCGCACACACGCACACAAACACGCACACACACACGCACACACAUGCACACGCACACACAGUCAAAACAUGUUUAUUUCCUAUGUAAAUAACAAACUCAUGAAGAAACACAAGUUUUAUUGUUGGAAAUGUUAAAAAAUAAGUGUUUCACUCUGUGUCUCUGCUCAGGGAUCUCAAACAGUGGGCUAUUGCAGAAACUUGAUCACAGCAUUUACUAAAUAAAAAACAUAUUUUUGAAAGUUUGUAUAGAUUGUCAAGAUUUGUAGCUCUUUUUUUCCUCCUUUUUUGUAAAAUAAAAGUCAAUAAUAUACCAAAACUG